UUUGCAAGACUGAAUACAGGAAGUGGUUGAGAAAAAGAUGGUAAGUCAUCGGCUCGGCGUUGCUGUGUUGGUUGCUACGGCAAUCCUCUUGGCCGAAUCAGAACCGAACCGGGUCGAGUCUGAAAAAUUACAGGACGUCAGCGGGAGUCCUGAUGCUGUCUUCUCAGACGCAGAAGGAGGUUUCAAAACUGGGGACGGAACUAGUGAAACAAUACCGGGGCAGGCCGAGACUCACCCGCACCCGAUAGAGACUGGACAGGCGGAUUCCGCCGGGCGGUGGGUGUCGAUCGAGGUGGGAUCGGUUCGGGUCGAGGAGCCCGUCGCAGAUGAAAAGCUGGAAAAUCUUCAAGCAGAAUUUGAUUUGCAGGAUGCACUGCAGCAGAGCAAACCCGUACCGACUCCCCGAGACCACUUUGCAGAAGAGCUGGUUAUCAGACCCUUGCUGUCCGGGGAUAUUUACACGAAUUUCCAGUUUCGCACACGCUGGGAUACAGACCUGCACCGGGGGAAAAAAGUGUCUCACUACAGGCUGUUUCCCAAGUCCCUGGGCCAGGUCAUCUCCAAGUUCUCUGUGCGAGAGCUGCACAUCUCCUUCACACAGGGCUUCUGGAGGACCACGCAGUGGGGCCAGCCGCUCCUGUCGGCCCCCCCUGGGGCAGAGCUCUGGGUGUGGUUCCAGGACAGCGUGGCGGAAGUGGAUGUUGCCUGGAGGGAGCUGACCAGCGUCCUGUCUGGGAUCUUCUGCGCCUCUCUCAACUUCAUCGACUCGACCAACACAGUGCAGCCCAGCGCCUCCUUCAAACCCAUGGGCCUCGGGAAUGUUACAGACCAGCGUUUCCUGCGCUAUGCUGUACUGCCUCGGGAGAUCGUGUGCACUGAGAACCUUACGCCCUGGAAGAAGCUGCUGCCCUGUGAAUCCCAGGCUGGUCUGGCUGUGCUGCUCAAGUCAGAGAAGCUCUUCCACAGCAGCUACCACUCCCAGGCUGUGCACGUCCGCCCAGUCUGCAAGGACUCUGCGUGCAGGGAGACAUCCUGGGAGCUGAGCCAGACCCUGGGCAUUGUCUUCGACCUGCACGCCUCGGGGCAGAGCAAGAGAGAGUGGUCUCUGUUCAAGAUGUUCUCCCGCACACUCACUGAGCCCUGUCCCCUGGCCUCCCGCAGCAAAGUGUACGUGGACGUCACUGACAACCCCCUGGGGGAGGAGCUGUUCGAUCUGAGCCCUGCGGUGUCCUUGCAGACCCAGGUGGUGGUCCUGGGGGAUCGCAGGACGUUCACGGUGUACGACCUCCUGACCCCUGAGCUGUACGGCCCCACGCGCUCCCUGAACAUCCUCCUGAAGUGGAGGCAGCAGGAGAGCGUGGACAUGCAUCGGCCCGUUCUCCACACAGAGCGCUUUGUGAGCGGCUACGGGCUGCAGACGGGCGAGAUCAACACCCUCCUCUACAACAGCCACCCGUUCCGGGCGUUCCCUGUGCUGCUGAUGGAGACGGUGCCCUGGUACCUGCGGCUCUACAUCCACACCCUGACCGUGCAGAGCAAGGGCAAAGAGAACAAGCCUAGUUAUAUCCACUACCUGCCCUCGAAGGAUCGACAGCGCCCCCACCUGUUGGAGAUGUUAGUGCAGCUGCCCCCCCACUCCGUCACAAAGGUCACAGUGCAGUUCGAGAGGGCUCUGCUCAAGUGGACUGAGUACACGCCUGACCCCAACCAUGGCUUCUACAUCAGCUCCUCAGUUGUUAGCGCUAUGGUGCCAAGCGUGGUUGCCAUGGAUACCAAUAGCACAGAGGAAUGCCCCCUUUUCACCACCCUGUUCCCCAGUACAGAGGAGUCCAGCUACUUCGUGCGUGUGUACAGCGAGCCCCUGCUGGUGAACUUGCCCACCCCGGACUUCAGCAUGCCCUACAACGUCAUCUGCCUGACCUGCACGGUGGUGGCCGUGGGCUACGGCUCUCUCUACAACCUGCUGACCCGCACCUUCCAGGCAGAGGAGCCCAGCGGCGGGCUGGCCAAGCGGCUUGCUAAUGUCAUCCGCAGGCUGAGGGGAGUACCGGCGCUGUGAGAGGGGCAGGGGGAGAGAGCGAGCCCCCACAGACUCUUAACACAUUGAACAGGUAACUCCCAGUAGUCUGGGGCACAGGGGAGAGGGGCUACAUUAAUAACAUACACAAAUGUGCAGUUCAGCAGCCCACUAAACACAGGGCUACUGUUUUCUGCUGAUGCUACUAGUUCAUUGUGACUUUCCAUUUGUUCUUUAAGUCCUUACAUGGGGUGAAAUUGCUGGAAGAAAAUGCCCCCUGCUACUACUUGCUUUAAAAGUAGCCUUGUUUUUUUUGGGCUUAAGAUUCUUUGUGAAAAUAUUAGGACAAACCUUUUGUAUGCAGAAAGUUUAUAAAAGUUCUAAAAGAAAUUAACGUAAAAAUAAUUCCUGAUCGGUCAGCACUUUCAAAGGGGCUUGUAAAAUAUAUAAACAAAUCAAACAAUAACUACAGUCCGUCCUGGUAAGAGGUGACUGCUAACACGGGGUCCACUGCACCAUACCUUACUCUUACACUAACUCUGGCCCAGGGUGGUUAUGGGCCGAUUGCUGAGUGUCAGGGAGGAAUGCUGAUGUUUAUAACUCUAUAACUGUUUAUAGGCUGCCUCUCCCUGCUCCUCUCUGCUGUGAGAACGACAGGACGAAUGAAAAAUGUACGAAAUUCCUGCAAGUCUUCUAUUCACAGAGGGGUAACAAAAACACACAGUGGCUGGGAUUUCUGUACUCUGGUGGGUAGCGAACUGCAACCCACUGAAACACAGAAAUCUACAAUGUUUUAAAUCUGAACACUACAGUGAAACUUUAUUUUUUCAUUAACCCUGUGCCUCUUAGAGUAAAUGCAGCCUGACCCAUUCUGUUGGCACAAGUGUAAACUAUAUAUGCCAGUUACCCUGUGCAGUUUGCAUACAGGUCAGGAAUGUGCUGCAUGCAUCAAUUGUGUGUGACUUUAAUUUCAUUUGACAGUGGGGUGGGGUGUUUAUACUGGCAAUGGAAAUGUAUGUGAGAGGGGGAGGGGCUGUUGUGUUUGUUGUUACGUGUUUUCAAUAAACCAACAACCGAGCCCUUUGUCCUGCUCUUACUCCCAAGCUCUCUGUUUUACAUGCCUUCUCACAAUGGUACAGAAUCGCGGGUCUUGACCAUCCUCCUUUAUAAAGCUGACUCCCACUGCCAGGAGUUCCUUGUUUGAGUUUAGAUAAUGUAGCACAAACUGAGUCCUGGCCAACUGCCAAUCACACUUUUCCUCAAACUGCUGAUUGUGGAUUAUAGGGCAGGUCAAGCCCAUUGUACCCCUUGUGUUUGACAAGCUGUGCGGUGUGUUAGAGCAGUGUUCCGUGUUUGGGGCGCACAAGUCACCACUAACAGGCCAGUGAUGACAGCAGUUCUAGAAACCCUUGUUGCUGUCAUAAAGUAUCCCAGUCUGAUUGUUCUGUGCAGUGCCUCUCAUUAAAGACUUCAAGACUGCCAAGGGAGAAGGAACGCUCUGUGUGCAGAGGGAUAGGGAAAACAUUUGGCACAGCCCCCUCGACUGACCUCAACAAAGAGCAGCUCAGCAA